GACGGUCCCUAGAUUUGCGAAUAUCGAAGUCCAGCGUCAAGCAAACUUUAUGCCAGUCCUACACUUAGACUUCAAGUGAAAUCGUGUUUACAUUGGUAUUUGGCGUGAAAAAAAACGGGGUCGGGUUUUGACAGUUUUUAAAAUCAAACUGUGAAGAAAGCCUAAUUAUGACAAUGUUAGUUUUGUUAAUGCGUUGUGAGCACAUCGCAUAGACUACUUUCCAUUUCCUUUAAACUGAAACCAACAUAAACAUCAGCGCAAUGGACGAUGGAUUUUUACCAGCAAAAAUACAAGAGGAUUAUAUCAACAAAAUCAAGAAUGUGUUUGCCUCUGAAAGCCCUGAGGAAAUUCCCCACCAGCUUAUCUCUCUUUUGGAAGUCUUUGACCGUUUAAAGAUAGAUAUCGCUGUGACUGGAGAGUCUGGUGCAGGGAAGUCUUCUCUUAUCAAUGCGUUCCUCGGAUUGAAUCCUGAUGAUGCAGGGGCUGCUCCAACUGGAGCUGUGGAAACCACGAAGGAAGCAACCAUGUAUCAGCAUCCAAAUUUUCCACACGUCAGACUGUGGGAUCUUCCAGGGAUGGGCACCCCUUCCUUUGAAUCCAAGAGUUAUGUAAAGACAAUGAACUUUGAUCUAUAUGACAUGUUCAUGGUUGUGAUAUCAGAGAGAGUCAGAGAAAACAACAUGCUGUUGGUUGAAGAAAUUGAGCAACAAAAGAAGCCCUAUUAUUUCAUUAGAACAAAAAUUGAUAAUGACAUACAGUCCCAGAGAAAGAAAAAAAAAUUCUCUGAAAUACAUGUAUUAGAUCAAAUGAGACAGGACUGUAAGAAAUAUCUGAAGGAGAAGAAACUGGACCCACAUGUGUUCCUAGUGUCAGCCAUUGACACUCAAAAAUAUGAGUUGCAGAAGCUCACAGACACUCUUAAGGAUGAGGUUUCUCAACUUAGAGCAGAGGUAUUUUCAAGUUUUCUGGACGAGAUGUUACAUGGACGAUGGAUAAAAGCAAGGUAUGCUACAAAUCACAUCCAACAGACUAGGAAACUUCAAGCUGAGGACAUCACAACAUUGCAAAAUAUGCAUAAGCGCACAGGUUUUGGAGCUGCGAAAGUCAGUGUUGUACUGGAGGCUUUGAGUCACUUUCAGCUAGAUGUUGCAGUUUUGGGUGAGACGGGCUCUGGAGUGUCCACUUUUGUAAAUGCCUUAAUUGGGCUGGGGAACGAAGAGUGUGGUGCAGCUUCAGCGUCCAUCAGCAACCCAGCAAUGAGUCUGGGAUACCCAGAUGUACGGUUCUGGGACAUAUCCGGCAUAGAGGGAGUCAUGGAUUACUCGAUGUAUGAAAUGAAACAAGCCCUGAAUUGUUAUGACUUCUUUAUCAUCAUUGUAUCAGACUGGCAGAAAGCACGCCAUUUAAAACUAGCUAAAGCAGUUGAAGAAUUAAGGAAGCAUUACCUCUUAGUCCAGACUAAAGUAGACCGUCAUCUACAGACUCAAAAAAGUGAGUUGUGCUGUGAUGAGACUGAGAUACUUGAUGGGCUUCGGGCACAAUAUACCCAGGAGCUUCAGAUGGCAAAACUGUCUGAAGAGCAGAUUUUUCUCAUCAACAAUCUGGACAGGUGUGCCUUUGAUUUUGUAGUUUUGGAAAGUGCACUCUCCAGUGACCUCAAAACUGUCAGGACAAGUGCUUUUGCAUAUUAUAUAGCAAACACAGUAAAGGAACAUAAAUAAUAAAAAAAAAAAAACAUAGAAGUGUAAGAUAUGAUGCAGCAGUAAACUGCUUUAAAAUGACUUGAUUUCCGUUUAAUUUAAUUAACCAUUAAUUUAAAAUAACCAUUAAAUAUUUAAGCAUACUAAUGUAACUUCAGUUUAAAACGGAUGUGUAAUAAUAUAUUAACUGAAUUAGCAAAUAAUGUUUGAUUUAGUUUAAUAUGCUGUAUAAUUCUGUAUUUUUCUGUCUGUGACAGAUAAGAUGACUUUGAAACAUAUGAAGAAAAUGCUAGAGAGGCACCACAUUUUAAUUGUCCUUAUUAUUGAAAAAGAAUAGAAGAUAUUCAGUUGGAAAAUAGAAAAUAAUUUGUAGAAGUUGGUCUGCAUUAAAAAUAUGUGAACCGUUGACCUCAAUAUACUAUUUUAUUGAAUGUUUGUAAUAAUUGUAAUAACUGCAGAUUCUCACAUCAUUUCACAGUUAAGGCUAUUUCUCGUUUAAUAAAACGUUAUAAAAAAAUA